AUGGAAGUCGAAACGACUGAGAGUUUGGGAUUCAAGUUUUUGUUCUCGAAACCACUCUUACCAGGGGUCGACGAGACGAUUCCGUUUUCUAAACUAUCAAAUGUAUCAAUACAUCCUGUUGAAAAACUGUUGUGUGUGGCAUCGGCGAAAACGACGUCCGUUUACGAUCUUCAAUCUAUUCGCGAUGGCUCAUAUGAUGCGGUGAAUACCAAGGAAUUCCCUUCUAAUGUUGUUGGGGUAUUUUUCGUUGCUUCAACGUUAUGUGCUGUGUUAGAAGACGGUGUGAUUUGGGUUACCGAAGUGCCUGAUUAUUCGUGGAAGGAACACUCGAGCACAGAUAGCAAUCCUGUUUCUUGCACUGUUUUCAAUGGGAAAUUGUUUGUCUUGGGAGAAAACAAUAUACUGAAUCAGGUGGAUUUGUCAACGAAGGGCACUACUAAACAAUUGACUUCAAUUGAGAAAUGUGUUGACCUUGCGUCAACGGAGGAUAAACUUUAUGUCUUGCAUAAGAAUGGAAAUGUCACCGUUCUAAACAAAUCGUUGGUUGAAUCAUCGACCAUUGAAAAACCAUCGCUCGAUGACCCUAGCGAACCAAUUAGCAUAAAUGUCCUAUCUUCCAACCAUCUUUUGGUAUCCUAUGGGGAGCCAGUUGAUACCGUGGAAGAAGAAGAUAUCAUGUAUGAUCUUACAGCGUACAUUGUGGAUCUAAAUACGAAGCAGUUUACUCCAUCGAUGGACAUCGCCCCUCCAUACUCAACUGUGAAAAGAAACCCCUCUUACUACACUCAAACACUGUUCGAAAUUACAAAGAAACUACCCUAUCUAUUUGUGGUUGGUUCCGCUUGUGCCUCAGAAAUAUCUAUCGCUACAUCGAGUCAAGUAUUCAAACCCGAUCAGGACGCGGCAUGUGCAAUCCUACCGAUUAAUCCUAAUUCUGAUAAUGAUACGCAGCCUGUAGGAAUUGCCUUGGAUCUAUUUUCAAAAGGUACUGUGUUUGAACCAUGUUCUGGUGUCGAUUCUGCCGAUAAUCUCCCUCUCCUAUACGUGCUUACGAACCUCGGUGAACUAUAUUGUUGGGCAUUGUAUCACCACACCGCUCUACAGGAUGCAUCCUUUUCAUUAGAUCAAUCUAGAUCGCAUUACCUAAAAUUAUUCAAAGAUCUGUCAGUCGCCGAUGGAUCACUGCUGUCUGCAAAGGUAGAAGCACAAAGUAGUGCAGGAGAUAUUAUUGAAGAAUCUUCAAAAUCAGAAACUAAAGAGGCACCAACUUCACAAGGCGGCUCGUCUAUUCUUGGAACUACAGAUGCUUUCUCAAAAGGAUUUUCUUUUGGAACUCCAACACUAACACCGUCGCCAGUGGGGUCGUCAAAUUCUGGAAGUUCCAACAAUAACACCAUCGCUAACUCUUCUUCUGCAUUUGGCAAGCCAGCAUUUGGCAAGCCAGCCUUUGGCUCAUCUGCAUUUGGACAAAAUGAUACUGCUCCUAAGUUUGGAGAAAGUAUAAGCGCACCAACUUCAUCUGGCGCUUUUGGAAAACCAACCUUCGGAAACUCUACAUUUGGAGCUAACACUACUCCUAGCGCUACGGAAUCUGCAUUCGGGAAGCCAGCAUUUGGAGCAAGCACUACAACUGGUACCAAUGACUCUCCAUUCGGCAAGCCUGCGUUUGGAGCAAGCACCACUGAAUCUUCAUUUGGAAAGCCAGCAUUUGGAGCAAGCACUACAACUGGUACCAAUGACUCUCCAUUCGGCAAACCCGCAUUUGGAGGAAGUACUACAACUAGUACCAACGAAUCUCCAUUCGGGAAGCCUGCAUUUAGCGCAGGCUCUACAACCAGUACCAAUGAAUCUCCAUUUGGCAAGCCCGCGUUUGGAGCAGGUGCUACAACUGGUACCACGGAAUCUCCAUUUGGAAAGCCAGCAUUUGGUGCAAGUACUACUGAUUCUCCAUUUGGAAAGCCAGCAUUUGGCGCAAACGCUACAACUGGCAGCACGGACUCUCCAUUUGGCAAACCCGCAUUCGGUGCAACCGCUACAACUGGUACCACAGAAUCUCCAUUUGGAAAGCCUGCGUUUGGAACAAGCGCUACAACUGGUACCACAGAAUCUCCAUUUGGAAAGCCUGCAUUUGGAGCAAGCUCUACAACUAGCACAAACGAAUCUCCAUUUGGCAAGUCUGCGUUUGGUGCAAGUACUACUGAAUCUCCAUUUGGAAAGCCAACAUUUGGUGCAAGCGCUACAACUAGCACCAAAGAAUCACCAUUUGGAAAGCCUGCAUUAGGGGGUUCUGUCUUUGGUGCCGCUGCUGCGGCAGCAUCUCUAAGCUCACCAUUUAGCACGGACAAUGAUUCGAAAUCCCCUCAGAAAACUCCUAUACCUGAUCCAUUUGGCCAUCUCAAGUCAUCAAAGGAAAGCUCGAACACAUUCAGCUUUACUGAUGUCGCAGAUGCAAUCACGGACACCUCUGAAACUGCGAAAAAAGAUACAGAAUUUUCUGGUGUCUCAAAAGCCGAAUAUACAUCUGAUUCUAGUAUUGAGGAGGACAACUCCUUAGAAUCGGAAAGUUCCGAAGAGGAAAGUAGCUCAACCGCUGAAAUAACUUCAAUAAACUCGAACUUUAGAAAUUUAGGGUCUAAUACCGAAGGUGGCUCUAAUGACCUAGAUGAAUCAGAAGCCCAUAUAGCGACAGAGCCAGAACCAGAGGACAAAGCAGAAGUGAAAGCAGAGGAAGAAGUAGAAAUGAAGUCAGAGGAAGAUGUCGAAGCAAAGGAAGAAGCAGAAACAAAGGAAGAAGCAGAAACAAAGGAAGAAGCAGAAACAAAGGAGGAAGCAGAAACAAAGGAAGAUGUCGAAGCAAAGGAAGAAGCAGAAACAAAGGAAGAAGCUGAAGAAGAGGAAGAAACAGAGGAAGAAGCUGAAGAAGAGGAAGAAGCAGAGAAAGCAACAGAGGAGGAAACAAAGGAAGAAACAGAGGAAAAAGUAGAGGAAAAAGCAGAAACAAAAGAAAGCUCAGAAGAUCAGAUUGAAUCAGAAGAAGAAACAAAGGCGUCAGUAGCAUCGUUAACUGAUAGAAUCAAAAAAGCAGCUAAUGUAUCAACGGCUGAAAUUCCAGUUACCUUCUCCCAAAACACGAAAACCGAGAGCAAAGAUCAAUCCCCAUUUUCAGCAUUUUCCAACUUCCAGAAUAAGGAGACUGCAGUGCCUCCUACUUUCUCUUUUGGCAAGCAUAACGACUCGCAGAAGUCUAAAGACUCGCCUUUCUCAUUUCCACAAAAAAGUGUUGAGUCUAACAAUCCUAAAGAUGAACUAAUGAAAUUCAGCAAGAAACCAUCUACUUUGGAUAAUGAGACUCAUGUAACGGAUUCAUCUCCACCAUCGAAAGUAGAUGUUGCUCUUACUCCGAGUAAAACAGCUUAUGAAUCUAAAGAAAUGCAAACUGACGUAGUCUUAAAAAAUAAUUCAACUCAAACAGACUCUAAGGACAAAACAGACAAAUCGCAACAAGCUUUCGAAAAUGAUGAACAGCAUCUAGCAUCUAUCUAUGAAUCACAACAUUUACCAGAUUUCUUCAAUGCUGCCCAAUUAAGAGACUUCAAACCACUUUCUUCUGACCAGGUUAUUCAAGCCAUAGAGAGAACACAUGCUGAAGUUUUGGGUAAUAUUCAAGUAUUAAAGGCAAACAUCAAUAAUAUCGGUGACUUUGUGAAUGACCAAACGCAACAUCCAUUCCAACGCACCGAAGCUACAAUUAACAAUGUUUCAUCAUGGAGAAUAGACGAGGCCCAAGAUCUAUUAGAAAUUCUCACAUCUAAGAAAAAAGAUAUAUCCAAACUCAAAGAAUCUUCCAAAUACUUAGAAGAUAACUGCUCCGAAGAUUUAGACCUUGAUGUUUUGUUGAACAAUUUGAAACGCCAAUUUGAUGCAUUGAGUAUUUGUAAUGAGCACUACAACAAUCCGAAACGGAAAUUAUCUUGGAGCCAGCACCACAUAUCUGCUGUGGUUAAGAAGAAGCUAGAAACCACUUCAUUAAGACUGGAUAAAAUCAAAGAAACUAUCCGCGUAUUAAAACUUUACAACCUUUCAGACAACAAGGAAACUAUAAAUAUUAUCAAACAGCUUACUGCUAAUGGUGGAUCAGGACGGACCAAUCUACUGAGGGAAAUUAAGGCCCUUCGUGAAGAAGUGUCGAACUUGAAAAUAUCAAUGGAAAAGAAUCAAUCAGUGGAUUCGAAGAAAGUUCUACUUUCUAACUCAGCUUCACCCGUACCUCUAGUCGAAACCACAUUGGAGCUAAACAUUAGAAGCCAGUUAGGAGAUUUCUUUUCUUCAAGGGUAGGAUGUUAG